AUGGCUGACAGCGUGCCCGGCUCGCCGGUCGCCGACGGCGCCGAAUUCCAGGAGCAGCUCCUCCAGUCGCUGAACGCGAGCGAGUUCGCCCCCUCCAAGCAAUCCCUCGGCCCGCACGGACGCCAGAAGUACGUGUACAACAAGCAGGGCCUCCGCCUCGCGACGUACUGGUGGCCCGCGCAGAAGCCCAAGGGCACGGUCCUGAUCGUCCACGGCCACGGCAGCUACGUCGACUACGAGUACCUGAAGGACCAGGGCCUCGGGAAGCCCCCCGUGUACGAGGGCUCCUGGGUCGAGCGCCUGAACCAAGCGGGCUACUCCUGCGCCGCGUGCGACUUCCAAAGCCACGGCCGCUCCGAGGGAAGGGACGGGCUCCGGUGCUACAUCAAGAGCUUCAAGGACUACGUCAACGACCUGGAGGUCGUCAAGGACUGCUGCGCGUCGGAGCCUGGUUUUGACGCGCCCGGGCAGCCCAAGUUCCUCCUCGCGAUCUCCCUCGGCGGCUGCGUCGCCGUGCACUUCAUGCACGACAACCCGGGGGCCGUCAACGGCGCCGUGCUCCUCGCGCCGAUGCUGUCCCUCGAGAAGAUCGCCAAGUCCGGCCUGAACCCCUACCUCCGCCCCGUCGCGUCCACGAUCUCCGCCAUCGCGCCGUGGCUCGCCGUCGCCGCGACGAACAAGAACACCAUGUACCCGGAGCUCCAGGACCUGUGGGACGCGGACCCGAUCGUGUACCGCGGCAUGACGCGCGCGCGCAACGCGUCCGAGUACCUCUCCGCCAGCGAGUUUGCCGUCAGUGACAUCAUGGACAAGGUGUCCACGCCCUUCAUGACCGUGCACUCGGAGCGCGACACGAUGACGGACCCGGACAGCUCCAAGAUGCUCUACCACCGCGCGGCGACCAAGGACAAGACGCUGCGGCUGAUGAACAACAUGUGGCACGUGCUGACGAAGGAGGAGGGCAGCACGAUGCUGCUCGAGAGCGUCGUCAGGUGGUACGACGACCGCGUGCGCCCCGCCGGCAUGAUCGCUGCGGGCAAGGGCGGCGCUGCUGCCGGCAUGGAGGUCGAGGCCGUGGAGGGCGAGGCCAAGACGUACGACAUCGCCGUUGGCGCCGCGUGA